CGAGCCAUGUUUCGGCUAGCCAAGCAUAUAUUUUAACUUCAGAAAAUCGUAACACUUCCGCUCCCAGAAAAUAAUCAAAAUUCAGAUUUUAAUACUACUAGUUUUGGCAAAUGUUUUGGCCCACCCUGUUGAGGGGCUUAAGCUCGCGACAGAGCAGCUCCUCUGGUAAGCCCCCGAAUCCACCAAAGCCUCCGACGCCUCCAACAACUCCAUCGACUCCGCCGGCUCCUUCCGGGAAAAAGGAAUGCAAGAUCCGGACGCACUGCAUUCCGGCCGCCUUCUGCGCCGAAUCGGAUAGGUUCAAAUCCAUGUGGGAUCCGCCGAAGAACCUGCCUCCGCCGUAUCCCUUUGUGGUCUCGCGAUCCAACGAUCUGUGCUGCGGGCCCAACUGCACCAAGCCACUGCCCUCGUUCGACGAGAUGUACUACCGCCCCUCCUGCAAGGACGGUCCCUACCAGCGCCACUGGGUGGAGUGCCCCAAGUUCAUGAUCCGCAAGAAAAAGGUCUGUGCCUACGACAAGCUGGAGGCCCUCAACCCCGCCCGUCGGGUGGCCAAGAGGCGCGAGAGGACGGCGACGAGCCCGGACGCCACAGGACCCUGUCCCCAUUUUGCUCCUCUGGCGCGUUGCGUUCCGGGCCGUCGUCCGCCCAGGUGCCACGGGGCCAAGACGCCCUCCUGCUGCCGCAAGCUGUGUGCCCCGAUGCCCUGCUGGUCGGAGUGCAAGCAGCCCCCGUUGGCCAAGAAACCCCAUCGACCUCGGGAGUGCGAGUGCCGAUUCCCCCUCAGCCUCUGUGAGGCGGAGCGGGGUCGUCAGUGGGUCAAGAUUCACGGCCAGAACCACGUCUGUCCCAGUGCCAUCAGGAAGGCCAAGAAGGCUAAGGAAAAGCUCAAGAAACAGAAGAACAAAAAAAAGAAGGGAAGGAAAGACCCGAAGGACAAGAAAUAAAUUUUAGAUUUUA